UUCGUAUUUGUCAAAUUCUCAUUUCUCAAUAAUAUUGAAGCUACGAACAUAUUUUAGAGAACACUAAUAUUUUUAAGAGAGAUCUAAGUUUUACAAAAGAUAGUACACGUUUUAUCUGUUACAUAGUCUUGAGAUAAGUGUUAUCAUUAUGAAGUUUCGGCCGCUCGGCAUUUUUUUCAAAAUAUGAAAACUAGGUAUAAUAUUCAUUUUUAUUUGAAAUAAUUCCUUUCAAAAGUAAGUGUACCAAGAGUGUUGCUACUAAAUUAUGUCCAGUUGCGUUGCUAGUAAGCUUUUAAAAGCGUUAGACUGUCUGCUAACAGAAAACUUCACUAUUCAAGACAAAACGUUACUAGAAAAACUGUUGACAAGUUUAAACGAUGCUGACAGUGUCCUGAGCAAUAUACCAAUCGCUACUCAUUCUAAAUGGUUCCUCAGAGUGUUGGAUAUUUACAAACAAAAAACUGUAAUAACGGAACACAUGUCAAGGGAUCUCUAUGCAUUUGCCCUGAAGUAUUUAGCUAUACUGCUUAAGUCACGUGAUAAUUUAGUAAUAUUAAUGGAUUUAAAUAUAUUACAACUGUUGAUACAACAAGUUAAAGAUUCGCCUAAUCUCAAAGAUUCGGCAAUUUUUAAUUCUUAUAUAACGUUGUUACAAUCGUUAAAUACUCAAAAAUUAGGAAUUGAGCAUAUUGUUAAAGAAGGUCUCUGGUUAAAUAUAUUAUUUAAGAAUGACAAGUCAUUUGUUAUGGGAAAGUUUAUGGAAGUACAGACUAUUCAGUAUAUUGCUGACUUAGUAUACAGGACAUUUGACUUUGACAUAACACACUUCAAUGAACCGAUUCUUCAUGAUAUUUUUUCUGAAUUAUGUUAUAACGAUGAGCUUAUUGAAAAUUGUGAAGAAAAGGCAAUUUCAACUUACAAUUUUUACCUCAAAAUGUUGAUUGUAUGUUUGGAACGCUUUCUUGGCACUAAAUAUCAAGCAGAAGCUUGUAAAACCAUAAUUUUAAAUUAUUCUCUAAAAGAUAUACUAAAAAAAAUGAAUACACUAUUAAAAUUAUCUCCGUAUUUAUCAAGAAACUGUGUUACGUUGCACUUAUUGCUUGACUGUUAUACAGUUUGGCCCAAGUUGGAUAUGGAGCUCACUUUUAAUUCUUUAUUUUCUAAUAUGGAUUGGCCAGAUAAUCCACUAUUUUAUAAGCAAGUUAAUAACUGGUACACACAGGCCAUUAAAUAUCUUAAUGCUGCCAAAAUAAAUGAUGUCUGUUUUGAAAAAGAACUAAUAAUUGGUCAGUUAAAACAUAUCGAAGAAUGUACAAAAUGGCUCAAAUUUUCAAACAGUUUACCGAUUAAUGUUGGUACAAAUAUUGUCGAAUUUCAAUAUGUAUCUAAAUGUAAUGAGGUUGUGUUUGAUCCAACUAUAAUAAAAGAAAUCGCCAUUUCUGUUAUACUUAAUGUCACAGAUGUUGUAUAUAUACUAAAGCAGGAAUCACUGCAAUAUUUGAAUACCCUAUUUUUGUCCAUAUUGGAUUUUUUGCUGCAUUCAGAUGUUUGGCUUGAAAAAAAUCCUGAGUAUUGCAUGGUUCAAAAUUACAAGAACUUUUUAGAGUUGUUGCCUAACUUAUUUAUAUGUUGGACCAAAAUUCUAGAAGAGAGAAAACCCGACAAAGAGAUAUUUACUGACGAUAACUCAUUGUCAGUAUCUCUGAUACAAAAUUAUAGCACAUUUUUACAAAAGUCUUCCCAUAACUCGGCUGUUUUGCAAACAUUUUUUAAAUUAAUUAGCAUAUCUUUUAAUAAAAGAGUUUAUGAAAUUGCAAACAACAAAGAUGAUUUUCGGAACCUAUGUAAUACAUUAAGUAUUUUACUGUUGGAUACUAGACCGGAAGUCCGAGAUAGUUGUUUGGAUUGUAUUACCAACAUCACAGUAGCAUCUAAAUACAAUACAGGACACUUUUUGGUCAAAUGCAUCUUAGAAAAUCAGUUACCAGCAUCUGUAUAUAAAUCUGCCACGUAUGAUAGUGAUCCAUAUGUCAAAGCCAAAGCUCUCGAAUGUCUGAUAGAAAUGGUGUCAGUUAUGGAAUUAGGAACCUCAUUACUAAAAGAAACAGAUAUAUUGAUUUACAGCUUAGAUAUAAUGCAAAUGGAACCUGAAGGAGUUAUUAGAAGACAAGCAGUCAAAUUAAUAACAGCUUUGUAUGACUUUGACUACCUUAGCAACCAAAUGUUCAACGAUGUGUGCAUAGUUAUGGUACAUGUAAGUCUUCAAGAUCCUCUUUGGGAGGUGAAAAAAUUUGCUUACGAGUUUUGGGAUACUCUCAUUAAAAAAUGUACCCAAAAGACUUGUGACGAUUCCACAAAUAUAAAUGUUUCAUUUGAUUUUGUUAUGUUGAGUCAAGUUGGUUGUUUGCAUGUUCUUUAUAUGGCUUUAAAUGACGAAUGUGAUUUAGAAGUUCAAAAUAGUGCAGUUGGUUUGACUAGAAAAUUACUUAUUUCGCCAAGUUCUGACCCUAAUGUCUCACAAUCAAAUAAAAAUGAUCCGGCACGACAAUUUUAUCAAACGGAUGAUGAUAAUAAUGAUAUAAAUUCUAGUGUUCAAUGCAAAAAGUCAAGACACACCGACUCGUCUGAUAGAGUUUUAAAUUCUAUCACAACUUCUUGCGAUGGUGAACUUUUGUCGAGUCUCAAAUGUGCUAGUAACCGCAACAUAUAUCCAAGUGAUGUGUGUCUUAGAACCAAAACGGAUGUCUAUAUUUUACCCGAUAAAUUCCUCGACUUUGCUUACACCUAUGAUUUUGAAAAUUAUACUGCCAGGAAGAAAUGGAUUAUUUAUACGAGAAGCGGAUUGAACUCCAUGUUGGAUGAUAUAAUCGGCCAGUCGAACAAUUGCUUUGUUGAAGGGGCUGAUCUUUUAGAUUGCUAUUGAGUUCUAUUAGAACAAAAUUUAUAUUAAUGAUCUCAAUGUUUUCAGAUUCAUUUGAAAUACUCAGGUAUCUAAUUAUGUUUGAUAAGACUGUAACAGCUUUAUAUUAAUUUUAUUCUUAUCCUAUAUUCAAGUUAUUUUUAUAUAAGUGUUUUUAUAGUUAUAAAUAAAUGUAGACAGAUAAUAUUUAACAUACGUAAUAUAUGUAUAUUAUUAUUUUUUGUUUUAA